CGCUUCUAACUGGACCGAAGCGGCCCCCGUAGGAGCGUGAGUGGUUGGAGUGACGCAGGCGCAGGACGAACCAACGGUCAGAUCGUUUCUACCGUCAAGAUGGCGACAUCGGAGCCGAAAGCACCUGAAACUGAAGAUCAACCGACUGAAAGUCAGGUUGUUGCGAAUCCUGAGCAGUAUAUCAAACACCCUUUGCAGUACAGAUGGGCCCUGUGGUAUUUCAAAAACGACAAGAGCAAAAGCUGGACAGAGAACUUGCGUCUCAUUUCCAAGUUUGACACAGUGGAAGAUUUUUGGGCAUUAUACAACCAUAUACAGCAACCAAGCAAGCUUGGCUUUGGCUGCGAUUAUUGCUUAUUUAAGGAUGGUAUUAAGCCCAUGUGGGAGGACGACAGAAACAAACUGGGGGGUCGAUGGCUGAUGACUCUUAAUAAACAACAGAGACACAAUGAUCUCGACCGCUACUGGAUGGAAACGCUCCUCUGUUUAGUUGGCGAGUCAUUCGAUGAGGCCAGUGAAGACGUGUGCGGAGCCGUGGUCAACGUCAGACCCAAAGGUGACAAAAUAGCCAUCUGGACGAGCAACUGCCAAAACAGGGACGCCAUCAUGACGAUAGGGCAAGUGUACAAAGAGCGCCUGAACCUUCCCGUCAAAGCCCUGAUUGGCUACCAGUCACAUGACGACACGUCCAGUAAGAGCGGCUCCACCACCAAGAACAUGUACUCCGUUUGAAAAUCUUCCCACUUAUUUCAACUCGCUGUAGAUCUAAACAAUUACCAACCCGCAUCACCACAUUAAUUUUUGAGUUGUCAACUACUGUAGUGUCCUUUUCCUUUUAUUGCAGAGAGAAUUGUUCAUGGUGUGUACAGUUACCCCCUUCCCCCCAAAUCAACACAAGGCCGACAGUUAUGAAUAGGAAUAGGGAGGAGACAUGAAAGGAGAGGAAUACUUGGCUCUAGAUUUCAUACAUGAGCUCAAGAACAUAAAAGAUUUCUGUGACCUCUAGCUGAGAACAAGCUUCUUUUUUCCCCUAUAUGAGUUGCAAACAAAACAUAACCGUAAGGCCUUGUGUUUCUUAUCACUCCUUAUCACAAAGUGUUUCUCACCUCACAGGAAAAGACGGCAGACAACGUAUCAUUACACUGAACAAAUUUUAUGGGCAGUUUUAACCUUAUUUAUCCAGAAGUGUUAAGCAUGAGUCGGGCUUUCAGACGCACCCACUUGAAGAAUCGUACAGUAUCUUUAAGGUUUGUCAAAGCUGUGGUCACACUCCAAAGUGUAGGGUUUGGAUUUAAGGCCACACACUGUUUCAGCCAUGCUGGAAUUAUGGGAUAUUGCUUGUUUUUGAACCUUUUUCCCCCACCUCUUCCCCUUACAUUUAUUUAUAAUGUAUGCAUUGCAGUUACUUAGUUGAAAAACAACCAUGAAAUUUGUGUUUUUCAAAUUGUUUUUUUUUUUCUUUAUUGUUAUUAAUGAUGUGGACUACUGCAUAUAGAUGACAUUUUUUUUUUACAGUGUACCAUACAGUUAAGAUGCUGACAGAAUUAGGUGUGCUUUUCACUGUUUUCUUCCUAACAAGAACUGUAGAUAAUGUCGCACUCCUCUCUUGGUUGAUGCGAAAGAAAGACGAUAUUCAUUGUGAAAUGAUUUUGCUCAUAAUGUAUCUUUAUUAUCUGUAAUUCCAGGAUGUAUAUUACCUUCUUUCAAGUAAAGGUUAAGUGCUUUGCAUUAAAACCAGAA